AUGUAUUUAAUGAUCACUAUCAUAGUUCACAGUUGGUGUUUUAUUCAGCAGGUUUUCCUUGCUAGACUCUUUAGACUACACUUUUCUCAGCAGCAAAGGGAUCUUGUGCAACAGUUACAAAUGAAGGAGGAACUGGCAUCAUUCUGGAACCUUUCUGUCACAGUGCUACGAGGACAGUUCGAGCAUACUUAUGACAACUGUUCAGACCCUGACCUCUAUGUGACCCUGAAACUGCCCACUGUCUCAGAUUGCUGUACUGUAAGAACCAAGACUAUCAAUGACUGCAAGACACCUGAGUGGAACGAGACCUUCCACUUCCAUGUCUGCAGCCUAGUCGAGAACAUUAUGGAGAUAAAGUUGCAUGAUAGUGACUUAGUGGUGGAUGAGAAAUGUGCCGAAAUUAAGUUCGACAUCAGCACCCUUAAACUGGGUCAGAAGGAGACCAAGGAGUUCAUCACAGAUGACAAGUUAAUGGACAAACUGUGGCUGGAAUUUGAGAUAACAGAGAGGUUGGUCAGUAAGGUAUGUUUUGUCUGGUGUGUGUAUGGUUCUGUGUGUAGCUCUGAGAAGGACAUAAAGGUACGUCUAGAUUUUGACAUACCAGCAGAGGAAAAGGAGUUUCUAGUGAAGAGGAGGGAGGUGGUGUCUCGUGCACUGCAGACAUUUCUAAACCUUGACACUCCUCUAGAUCCCACCAAGGUGCCGAUAGUGGCGGUGGUGUGUUCAGGAGGCGGCUCCAGGGCCAUGACAGGCACAUACGGCUCUCUGAAAGGACUGCAGAGCCUCGGCCUGCUCGAUGUCAUCACCUACAUCACCUCUGUGUCUGGCUCCACCUGGACCGCUGCUAGUCUCUACUCUGACCAAUUUUGGUCAAAGGACGAAGGCCUGGAUAAAGCGAUAGCGUCUGCAAAGGAGGAGCUGUCUAAGUCCGUAGUCAGUCUCUUCUCUUUUGGAAGUCUUUGUCAUUAUGCCAGUGAACUGCAGAAGAGAAAGAAAGAAGGCCAUCAAUUCUCAUUCAUCGAUCUCUGGGGACUCGUUAUAGAACGGAUUGUCUUUGGAGAGAAACCAACAGGUACACUGUCUGACCAAAAGAUGGCAGUCUCUGAUAGUCAGAACCCGCUGCCAAUCUACACAUCAGUGAACAUGAAGGAGGGAGCCUGUGGCUUACAGCCUGAGUGGUGUGAGUUUACCCCAUUCGAGGUGGGGUUCUCCAAAUAUGGAGCUUUUGUCAAUGCAAAAAAUUUUGGGAGUGAGUUCCAUAUAGGUCAUGUGAUGAAGAAUCUACCACAAACGCGCAUCCCCUUCCUCCUGGGGAUAUGGAGCAGUGUUUUCUCUGCCAACCUGAUACAGCUCUGGAAAAAUUAUGUUGGAGAUAUACCUCAAGAAAUUUUGCAAUGGCUGGGAGACAAUGUUGACAUACUUGAGACAGAUCAAAUUUCGGAGAACUUGGAUACUGUGCGGAUCAAUCCAGAGUCUUCAGGGUUGCUAGAUCUAUUGCAUUUUCGCCCCUUUGUCAGCACUGUGCAUAAUUUCCUAAAAGGAUUCUCCCUUCACAACCUGUACAAAGAAAACCCAAGAUUCAACACCACUAAUGAAUUACACCCAGAUGCAUUUCCAAACCAGCUCACCCCUGCGGACUCCACUCUAGGCUUGGUGGAUUCGGGAUUUGCCAUUAACACAGGAUUCCCUCCUGUGCUAAGGCCCCACAGACAUGCUGAUGUUAUUCUGUGCCUCGAAAAUAGUUGGGUUGACGAUCGUUUAACGACCCUGAAGGAGACUCAGCAAUACUGCAGUGACCACAAGUUACCAUUCCCAAACAUAGAUAUCACAAAGUACGAAUCUGAGCCAACCAGGGAAGUGUAUGUGUUUGAAGAUGAGGAUAAUCCUGAUGCUCCUAUUGUGAUCUGUUUUCCACUGGCUAACGUCUCCUUCAAAGAGUAUAAAGCACCAGGAGUAAAGAGAGGAGACGAUGAGCUUAAUGAAGGAAAUAUUGAUGUGAGCACCAAAGACUCUCCAUACAGAACCAUUCACCUCACAUAUAAGCCAGAAGACUUUCAAAAACUGGUGGACCUCACCUCCUACAACAUUGUGAACAACGAGGAAGUUAUCAGAAAUACACUGCAAAAAGCUUUGAACAACAACAAAAAAAAGUUAAAUUCAAAGAAAUGCAUAUUAGCAUAA